CAGCCGCAUCCAUACAUACCCAUUCUCUCCUUUAAAUUCUUCCUCCGCCGCCACUUGCAGAUAUAUAUAUAUACCACCCCAAUUAAGCACCAAACUCUCCUCGAUCCCCAACUCGACAUGGGGUCUUCAGAAAAUAACAUCCUUCAACCUCUGCUUCAAACAAACCCACCAUCUUUGUCGUCCCAAUCAUUCACCACAAAGCACCGAUCAAGCGGCGAGCUUGAGAGCGUAUUGUCCGACACUACCCUUCCCUUCUUGCUGCGUCUCCGACACGCUUCAUGGAUCGAGCUCAAACUCCUUUUCUUCCUCGCUGCUCCGGCGGUUGUCGUUUACAUGAUCAACUACCUCAUGUCCAUGUCCACCCAAAUCUUUUCCGGCCACCUCGGUACCCUCGAGCUCGCUGCCGCCUCUCUCGGCAACACCGGCAUCCAAGUCUUCGCCUACGGCCUCAUGUUAGGAAUGGGGAGUGCUGUGGAGACUCUAUGUGGGCAAGCAUAUGGAGCACAAAAGUACGAAAUGCUAGGAAUAUAUUUGCAAAGAUCAACCGUCAUCCUAACUGUAGCCGGCUUCCUCCUAAGCAUCAUAUACAUCUUCUCCAAGCCCAUCCUAAUAUUUCUCGGCCAGUCGCCGGAAAUCGCUUCCGCCGCCGCAGUUUUUGUCUACGGCCUAAUCCCUCAAAUCUUCGCAUAUGCAGUAAACUUCCCCAUCCAAAAAUUUCUACAAGCUCAAAGCAUAGUGACUCCUAGUGCAUAUAUAUCAGCAGCCACUCUAGUGAUACACCUUUUGCUCAGCUGGGUGGCGGUUUACAAGAUCGGGCUUGGGUUGUUGGGGGCAUCGUUGGUGCUGAGCUUUUCAUGGUGGAUUAUAGUGGUGGCACAGUUUGUGUACAUAGUGGUCGAUACACUUCUUGAUGUUUCACCUGCUUGUGCCCUCAUUACUGCUUUUCAAUAUGGGUUACAUGAAUGA